GCUUCUUCAUGCUGUUAUACUUAAUUAAUUAUAAUUCAUGUACUGAAUUUGGUGAAACAAAAAAACCCAGAAACUUAAAAUUGAUCAACUGUUCUUUGAAUUUGGAAAGUGUUUGUUGUUUAGACGAUGGAACAUACCUCUGUUAAGGAUAUUGUUGAUGAAAAAUCCACCGUUGGUGGUGGUGUUAGAGACGUGUACGGUGAAGAUUGUGCCACCGAGGAUCAGCUUGUCACUCCUUGGACAGUAUCUGUAGCAAGUGGAUAUUCAUUGUUGAGGGACCCACAUUUCAACAAAGGACUCGCCUUCUCCGAAAAAGAGAGAGAUGCUCACUAUUUACGCGGUCUUUUACCUCCAGCUGAAUUCUCUCUACAUCUUCAGGAGAAGAAAACACUACAAAACAUUCGCCAGUAUCAGGUUCCAUUGCAGAAAUACAUGGCAUUGAUGGACCUGCAGGAAAGAAAUGAAAGAUUGUUCUACAAGCUCCUUAUCGACAAUGUUGAAGAAUUACUCCCAAUUGUCUAUACACCCAUAGUUGGCGAGGCUUGUCGGAAAUAUGGAAGUAUCUUCAGGCAUCCACAGGGUCUAUAUAUUAGUCUGAAAGAGAAGGGAAGAAUUCUUGAAGUUCUGAGAAAUUGGCCUGAAAGAACCAUUCAAGUUAUAGUUGUGACUGACGGUGAACGAAUUUUGGGACUCGGUGAUCUUGGUUGUCAGGGGAUGGGAAUACCUGUGGGAAAACUGGCUUUAUAUACAGCACUUGGAGGAGUUCGUCCUUCAGCUUGUUUGCCGAUAACAAUUGAUGUCGGGACUAACAACGAACAAUUGUUGAAAGAUGAGUUUUACAUUGGUCUGAAACAAAAAAGAGCAACUGGGCAGGAAUAUGACGAGCUUCUUGAUGAGUUUAUGAGUGCAGUGAAACAAAACUAUGGAGAAAAAGUUCUUAUACAGUUCGAAGACUUUGCAAACCAUAAUGCCUUCAAGCUGCUCUCAAAUUACUCAACUAGUCAUCUUGUAUUCAACGAUGAUAUUCAGGGAACUGCAUCCGUCGUUCUAGCAGGUGUUGUUGCGGCAUUGAAAUUAGUUGGUGGAACCUUGGCAGAACACACAUUCUUAUUCCUUGGAGCAGGGGAAGCAGGAACAGGUAUAGCUGAACUUAUUGCGCUAGAGAUGUCUAAACAGACAAAGGCACCAUUGGAAGAAACGCGCAAGAAGAUUUGGCUGGUUGACUCUAAGGGCUUGAUUGUUGGCUCAAGAAAGAAUUCACUUCAAGAAUUUAAGAAGCCUUGGGCUCAUGAACAUGAACCUCUUGGUGAUCUCAUAAGUGCCGUGAAGGUAAUCAAGCCAACCGUAUUGGUUGGAUCAUCUGGAGUAGGGAAAACAUUUACAAAAGAAGCAGUGGAGACCAUGGCCUCCUAUAAUGAGAAACCUCUUAUAAUGGCUCUCUCUAACCCUACAACGCAAUCAGAAUGCACUGCAGAAGAGGCUUAUACAUGGAGCAAGGGUCGUGCAAUUUUUGCGAGUGGCAGUCCCUUUGACCCAGUUAAGUACGAGGGAAAAACUUUUGUUCCGGGACAGGCCAACAAUGCCUACAUCUUCCCUGGAUUUGGCCUCGGUUUAGUCAUAUCUGGAGCUAUCCGAGCUCACGAGGACAUGCUUCUAGCAGCUUCGGAAGCUUUGGCUGGACAAGUUACACGAGAAAAUUAUGAGAAUGGAAUGAUAUAUCCACCAUUUUCCGAUAUUAGGAAGAUAUCGACACAUAUUGCUGCUAAUGUUGCUGCCAAAGCGUACGAUCUAGGUUUAGCAAGUCGGCUUCCUCGUCCUGAAAACCUCGUCAAGUAUGCUGAGAGUUGUAUGUAUAGUCCUGUUUACCGCAGCUACCGAUGAAUGGAUACGAUAAAGCGAGUGUCAUCUCAAUGUACGUCUUUUUUUUAAGUCGGUUAAAUUGUGUUUCUUGAAUGUUUUUCAUCCUGCUAAAUAAGGUGUAAUUUAGUAAAACCGUUUGUACUUGGAUUGUGUUUGUAAGUUGUGCAAUGUGCCAAUGUUCCUCAUAUAUGUUUUAUUGUUUGUAUACGGGUUUGAUUCUCAUCAUUUAUACGAAGCGUUAAUUUCCUCUUGUCUUCC